AUGCAUGUACUCAUUCGUUCACCCAUCAGCGGUGCAGCUCCUUACCAGCAUGUAGAUGCCAGGAGGUGUCGGCACAGAGACUUGGGAGCACAGCUCCCGCCUAGCACGGAAUACGAUGGGCCAUACCUCUCCAAAGUCAUCGCCUACGUCUGGCUGCACAAAACAUGCGUUGGAAUGAAACGGAGGAUUCCCACGUGUCUUCAGAGCAAUUUGUGGGGGAUGUCGCAGAGAUUCCAUGUGCUGGCAGCAUUAGCCAGACGAAAAGUCAUCAACAAAGACUUGCGCCACUACUUGAGCCUUCAGUUCCAGAAGGGCUCGAUAGACCAUAAACUCCAGCAAGUGAUCAGAGACAAUCUCUACUUGAGAACCAUCCCUUGCACUACAAGGGCUCCCAGAGAUGGGGAGGUCCCUGGGGUAGACUAUAAUUUCAUUCCUGUUGAGCAGUUCAAAGCACUGGAAGAAAGCGGAGCCUUGCUGGAAAGUGGAACGUAUGAUGGUAAUUUUUAUGGUACUCCAAAGCCUCCAGCGGAGCCCAGCCCCUUUCAGCCUGAUCCAGUGGAUCAAGUCCUUUUCGACAAUGAUUUUGAUACCGAAUCGCAGAGGAAAAGAACCACGUCCGUCAGCAAAAUGCAAAGGAUGGACAGUUCUCUCCCGGAAGAGGAGGAAGAGGAGGAAAAGGAAGCAGUUAAUGGCAGCGGAGGGAUAGAAAACAAAGAAAAACAUUCGGAGUCUCCUGACUGGAUGAAACCUGUUCCCAGCUACAACCAGACAAGCAGCUCCAUGGACUUCAGAAAUUACUUGUCGAGGGAUGAAACCCUGGAACCGCUGCCCAAGAACUGGGAGAUGGCCUACACCGACACUGGCAUGAUCUACUUCAUUGACCAUAACACCAAGACAACCACGUGGCUCGAUCCGCGGCUCUGUAAGAAAGCCAAAGCUCCUGAAGAUUGUGAAGAUGGAGAACUUCCUUAUGGAUGGGAAAAAAUAGAAGACCCUCAAUACGGAACAUACUAUGUUGAUCAUAUUAACCAGAAAACUCAGUUUGAGAAUCCAGUAUUGGAAGCCAAAAGAAAAAAACAGCUAGGACAGACUGAUGUUGGCCCUUCAAAAUCAGGACCAGAGAAGUCUGUGUUUACUAGAGAUCCAUCCCAGCUUACAGGAGCGCUUAUACGGACAUCGCUGAAAAAAAGUACAAUGGGAUUUGGCUUCACAAUCAUUGGGGGGGACAGACCUGAUGAGUUUCUCCAGGUGAAGAACGUGCUAAAAGAUGGACCUGCUGCACAAGAUGGCAGAAUUGCCCCAGGUGAUGUCAUUGUAGACAUAAAUGGAACUUGUGUCCUUGGCCAUACCCAUGCAGAUGUUGUCCAGAUGUUUCAGCUAGUUCCCGUCAAUCAGUAUGUGAACAUGACUUUGUGUCGUGGCUAUCCUCUUCCUGACGACAACGAAGACCCUGUGGUAGAUAUAGUGACAGCUACACCUAUUAUCAACGGACCGCCUGUGACCAAAGGAGACGUUUGUGUGACCAGCCAAGAUUUAAUAGCAGGAACGGUUGUGUUGGACCAGAAUGGAAAAAUGGGCCCUAUGUUGGUCAACGGUCGUCUGAACGGCCCUUCCAUGGAUACAGCUGAGCAGAGGAUCUCUCUUGCAUCUUCAGGAGGCUCUCAGCCAGAGCUGGUCACCAUUCCUCUAGUCAAAGGUCCCAAAGGCUUUGGGUUUGCCAUUGCAGACAGUCCGACAGGACAGAAGGUGAAAAUGAUUUUAGACAGUCAGUGGUGCCAAGGCCUUCAGAAAGGGGACGUAAUCAAGGAGAUCUGCCAUCAGAACGUACAGAGCUUGACACAUCUGCAGGUGGUGGAGGUACUGAAGCAGUUUCCAGUAGGAGCAGAGGUGCCGCUGCUUAUCCUAAGAGGAGGUCCACCCUCACCUACUAAAACUUCCAAAGGGAAGGACAAGCAGGACAGUUCGGGUAGUUUGGAAGCUGUUGGUGAUCCCAUCCCACAGCCGAUGCCGUUCCCACCCACUGCUGUACGAUCGGGCUCUCCUAAACUAGACCCUUCGGAAGUCUACUUGAAGUCUAAGACUCUGUAUGAGGACAAGCCUCCAAACACAAGAGAUUUGGACGUUUUCCUGCGAAAACAAGAGUCAGGCUUUGGUUUCCGGGUGCUUGGAGGGGAUGGACCAGACCAGCCCAUUUACAUUGGAGCCAUAAUCCCGUUGGGAGCAGCAGAAAAAGACGGCAGGCUUCGAGCUGCGGAUGAGCUGAUGUGUAUCGAUGGGGUUCCUGUUAAAGGGAAGUCGCACAAGCAAGUUUUGGACUUAAUGACCAGUGCUGCACGGAACGGUCAGGUGCUGCUCACAGUCCGGAGGAAGAUCUUCUUUGGUGGGGAAAAGCAACCAGAGGAGGAGGAGUCGCAGCCUGUCUUGACACAAAACGGCUCUCCUCGACUGAAUCGCGUAGAGUUUGCAAACCUGCAGUCCCCAGAGGUCUAUGAUGUCCGUCUGCAGCGGAAGGAGAACGAAGGAUUUGGCUUUGUCAUCCUUACCUCAAAGAACAAACCUCCUCCUGGUGUGAUUCCUCACAAGAUCGGGCGAGUUAUAGAUGGGAGCCCAGCUGACCAGUGCGGGAAGCUGAAAGUGGGAGACCGCAUCUCGGCGGUGAAUGGUCAAUCCAUCGUUGAGCUCUCGCACGACAGCAUAGUGCAGCUGAUCAAGGACGCGGGCAACGUGGUGACUCUGACUGUCGUGGCCGAGGAAGAACACCGUGGUCCUCCGUCAGGAACAAACUCGGCCAGGCAGAGUCCAGCUCCACAGCACCGACCGCUGGGAUCAGCACAGAUCAACCCUUCCGGUGCAGACAGGGGAGCUACAGAAGGUGAAACUGGAAAAGAAGUUUCAAGUAGUUACAGACUUUCCUGGCCCGAGCAUAAGCACUUGACACAAUCCGAUGCUGGUGUUGCUUCGGUUGUUGGCAGCCGUCACUCCCAGAACCCUGGCUGUUUCCCAGUAGAGUUGGAAAGGGGCCCUCGAGGGUUUGGGUUCAGCCUUCGGGGAGGGAAGGAAUACAACAUGGGCUUAUUCAUCCUUCGACUUGCUGAAGAUGGGCCAGCUGUCAAAGAUGGGAGAGUACACGUUGGUGACCAAAUCGUUGAAAUUAAUGGAGAACCCACCCAAGGAAUCACUCACACACGAGCCAUUGAGCUGAUUCAGGCUGGAGGGAAUAAAGUUUUGCUGCUGCUGAGACCAGGGACUGGCUUGAUACCAGAUCACAGUUUGGCUCCUUCCAGUCUGUGUCCCUACGUGAAACCUGAGCAACAUUAAGGGCUUUCAGUGCUUUUCUUGGUUUUUCCUUAAAGACUUGGUGAUUGGGAUAGUUAUAAUCCAUCUUCGUCAAAUGUAAUAUAUGAAGAACAGUCACCAUUAUCUUCAUCUUCACAUUCUGCUUCCCCAUCUGAAGUGUGUUAUUUACCAGUACCAGGAGAAGCUUUAACAAGAGUUCAGCUGUCUGAGAAACUGGAACAAGCAAAGAACACUGUGCCUGAAAAGAUAAGCACUUUAACUGAAAACCAGUUUGAGAUGAAGCCUCAGUCUUCUCCCCGGAGAACAAAGAACAGACAGGAAUGUCCUUCCAGCCCUGGGUUUGAAAUCACAAAA